AAGAUCCAAGAGUGGUUAUCGCUCCGACAGACCUUCGUAGACGAGCUAUUGCGCUUCGAAGGAUCCGAACAUCUCGACCAUGCGAAGACGGCUUCAUGUCGAACGUGCAAGGGCGAUACAGCGACUCUUCGGUGCACUCAAUGUGAUUCCCGACACUUGUAUUGUGAUUCUUGUAUGCUGAGUCGUCACGGAGAUUUGUUGCUGCAUGUGCUUGAGGUGAGUCUUCUUUGUUCAUCCCACACGAAGUUCAAGAAGACAGAUCUACGAAGUCUGGGUGUGGUCGCACAACUCGGUCAUGAUGGCGAUCCCUGCCCUAGCCCCUCCACGCAGACACGACACAUGGUCAUCGUCGACACGGACGGCAUGCACGACGUUGAAGUCCGUUUUUGUGAGUGCCUCGACGGCGGGGACAACACGUUCACCUUUGAGUGGGUACAACUUUUUCGUAAGGGGUGGUUCCCCGCAACUACUCAGCGGCCUGCUACUGCGAUGACAUUCCGGAUGCUCGACUUAUUUCAAGAGCUCAAUUUUCAGGCCAAGACGAAUCUGCACGACUUCGAAAGAACUUUGCAGAGGAUCACGGAUAACUCAGGGUGUGCCCCGUCGCUGCUCUCGCAUUGUGUACGGCUGUGGCGUCAUAUUGUCGCUCUUAAGCGAGCCGGGCGCGGUCAUGAUCCAGCCGGCGUCGAAUCGACUCAGCCUGGCGAUCUCGCUGUGGAAUGUCCGGCAUGCCCACACACCGACAAGAACCUCCCUGAAGGAUGGGCGUCCGCUGACGACAACACAAGAUGGCUCUAUACCCUUUUUCUUAUGAUGGACGGCAACUUCCGUGCGCGGCUCAAAGAUCGCGGCCUAGACAGCAUCCAGCUAUCCCUCGGAUGGGCCUACUUCGUCGAAUCGAACGCUUACACAACCUUCAUUAACUCGAUCGGAGAUCAGACGGAGAAAAGCAGCUGUACCGUCGAACACAAGGCGAUUCUCAAUGCCAAUACCCGACGAGAAGGUUACAUCACAUCAGGGGUCGGAGCUAUCUUGUGCGCACGCCAUGCGCUGUGCCGCCGAAGCGGCAUGGGCGACAUCUUCCUCGGCGAGAAAUACGCAAUCUUCGACUAUCUGCUGUCUUCGACAGUUGCAGACUCGGACACUCCGCAAUUGUUGAUAUCGUACGAUCUCGCGUGCCAAUGGCACAAGCACCUCUUCAACCGCAUUACCGCCCUUCCCAAGCCCCUUGACAGCGCCCUUGACAACGUCAGCAUGCGUUUCGCCAUCCCGAAGAAGCACUGGCAUGUUCAUGGCGCCCAUCACGCGCAGUGGUCCUUGAAUUACCUGCAGCGCGUCGCGCGCACGUAUGGGGAAGGUAUUGAAACUCACUGGGGUCAUAUGAACCCUGUGCAUACCAGUACGAGUGAGAUGGAGCCUGGAGGCCGGCAUGAAGUCGUUGACGACCACGAGAGCUCUUGGAAUUGGCAGAAGAUUAUCGGAUUUGCUUCUUUUUUUCUCAAGAGCUUGAAAGAAGCGGAUAACAUGAGCCAAACACAACAGAAGAACCAUGAAGACUUCACCAGCAACUUGCCACCGUCAUCCAGGGAUGCCGUUCAGCAAUGGGAAGAUGAGCUGGCGGCCUGGCAGGACGACCCUUCAUCGGCGCCGGAUCCGUACGAAGAACCACGCCCGACGGUAACGCUCAAGACUGUUCGUCUGGAGAUUGCCACGCAAGAGGCCGUCGAGCUGCAUGAUGGCGUGCUCCCUCCUCACGAGAUGUCCCCUGGAGUCUUUCUCCAAGUUGGACUCGAACUCGAAGAGCAGCAGCGGGCUUUACAAGCCUUGAAGACGAAAAUGAGCUCGGCAGAAGCCUCGCAAGCCACAGUGCAAGAGAAGAGGAACGCGCUCCAGCGACGCAUCGAGCUUUGGCAAGCGGCUCAGGCCGUUCACAUGCCGAUUGCCGCGCAAAUUCGUGGGUCCACACCCGCGCGGACGCACACCAACCCGCUUCAAACGCCGGCGGCUUCACUCCCACGCUACGUGAGCAACGCCCUCGCUGAAUACACACAGCUACUACUCCCAUCCGCCAUCCCAGCUUCACUACGGUCUCAGCUUUCACUGAGCAUGCUUGACAAAGCCUGGAGGCUUCGUCUUGCGCAAGCCGAUGAUUCCCUUGAUGAUAUCCGCCGUUACCUUCGUAUUCUCGCCGGCAUUCGGGAGUUCUCACGGCUGAACGUGAACGGGACCGGCCAGCGCACGACGGGCAGGGUGCGGUCUGUUUACUGGACUUUCCGCGACAAGAUUGCCCGCGCCGCUAGCCGCUAUCGAGCGGCACGUGCAGCUCUCCUCGCUUUGGACCCCCACGGCAACUGGCGAACUCGCCUCCAAGAUCUCCGCCAGGACGACAUUCGGGGCCCGGGUCGACCCGACGACGACAACCAGACUGGUGAGGGACGCUAUCAGACCUCUUGGAUCUGGUUGGUACCUCGCGCUUCUGGCGAGGCGACGGGAUCAUGCCAAGACAUCGAUCCUUCGGAGGUACUCGACAACAUGAAGUACGAAUGGGCAAGGAGCAAAGCGCGCGCGGAUAGGUGGAGCGAGGAGGCCCAACUGUUGGAAGAGGAGAUGCGCCGGGUGAUCGAGUACUUUGAGUGGAAGAGUGGGUGGUGGCGGAAGCAAGGUGGGCGACGCGUUACGGACGACGCAGUGUUGGCGAUGGGCUUGUCCGUGUACGCGGAGAAGCAGGCCGCCAUUUUCACGGGCCUCGCGACGCGCUGUGCCACCAAAUGGCUGCCUUACCUCACGACACGACCUGGCAAGACCGUUCCAUCGUGGACGGAGCGGUACUCCGAGGUUGCUCCCCGGGGGGCAGCGCGUCAAGCCUCAGCGGCGUACACGUCAUUGCAUCCGAACAUCGCGGAGGAGGUCGAGAGCGAUUUGUCCGGGGACGAGUCGGACAGUGUGUAG